AUGGACCAGGCCUUCAAGCGCCUGGGGCCCUUCGUCCACCCACUCGUCUAUCUCAUCCUGCCGCGCAGCUUGGUCAAGCUCCUUCGCAAGCACAAGAAAAUCGUGGCCAACCGCGUGGAGAAUGCCAAGGAUUUCAAGCAGCGCGACUAUUUUACCUCGUUCAUCCAGGAGGGCAAGUCCAUGCCCAACACCAACAUGGACUGGAUUCUGGCGCAGGCCAAUCACAUCUUCAUCGGCGGGCUGGACCCAGACACGAACCUGUUCUGGUCUGCCAUCCUGUUCCUCGCACAGCACCCGGACAAGUUCAGAAAGUUCGCGGCCGAGAUCAGGGGCAAAUUCAAGAGAUACGAAGACAUCGAGGACGAAGAGCUCACCCACCUGCCGUGGCUGAGCGGCGUCAUCGACGAGUCGCUGCGCCUGCACACCAACGGGUCCUUUGGGCAGCCGCGCGUCACCCCCGGCGCCACCGUGGACGGGCACUACGUCCCCAAGGGGUGCGGCGUGCAGACGUCCAUCUUCGCCGCCUUCCACAGCGAGCGCUACUGGCACAAGCCGCACGACUUCUGCCCGGAGCGCUGGCUGCCCGCCACGCACUCGGACUACGACCCGGCCUUCGCCAAGGACGUGCGCGAGUGCUUCCGGCCCUUCAGUGCGGGCACCCGCAGCUGCAUCGGCCAGAACAUGGGCUACCGCCAGGCCCGCAUUCUGUUCGCCAAGAUGGCCUGGAAGCUCGACUGGGAGGUCGUGAACCCCCACGAGUUCCACUGGGAGCGCGACCUCCGCCUGUACGCUACCUGGGUCCGCCCGCAUCCCAGGAUCCGGUACAAGCUGUCGGACGUGGCUAAGGCGGCUGCUGCUGAGGGUGGGAGGGAGAAUGGGGAGAAGCUUGUCGAGGUGUGA